AUGGAGCAGGAGAAGUACCUGCCCGAGCUGAUGGCAGAGAAGGACAGCCUGGAUCCCUCCUUUGUUCACGCGAUGCGCCUCCUGGCCGACGAAAUUGAAAAAUUUCAGGGUUCUGAAGGCAAGAAGGAAGAUGAAGAAAAGAAAUAUCUUGAUGUUAUCAGCAACAAAAACAUAAAGCUGUCAGAAAGAGUUCUGAUCCCCGUCAAACAAUAUCCAAAGUUCAAUUUUGUUGGGAAAUUGCUUGGACCAAGAGGAAACUCCUUGAAGAGGUUACAAGAAGAAACAGGUGCAAAAAUGUCCAUUCUGGGGAAAGGAUCCAUGAGGGAUAAAGCUAAGGAGGAAGAGCUAAGGAAAAGUGGAGAAGCCAAAUAUGCGCACUUGAGUGAUGAGCUUCACGUAUUAAUUGAAGUGUUUGCUCCACCUGGGGAGGCGUAUUCUCGUAUGAGUCAUGCCUUGGAAGAAAUAAAAAAAUUCCUCGUUCCUGAUUACAAUGAUGAAAUUCGCCAGGAGCAGCUGAGAGAACUGUCGUAUUUGAACGGUUCUGAGGAUUCAGCACGUGGACGGGGCAUUCGAGGAAGAGGGAUCCGUGUGCCACCUGCAGCUCCUUCAAGGGGACGUGGGGGUGCGAUUCCUCCGCCCCCGCCUGGACGAGGUGCCCAAGCACCCAGAGGAGCGCCGGUGACCCGUGGAGCCCUCCCUGUCCCACCAGUGGCCAGGGGCGUUCCCACCCCUCGAGCAAGGGGCGCCCCGGCUGUCCCGGGCUACAGACCACCCCCGCCACCUGCACAUGAGGCCUAUGAAGAAUAUCCGUUGGUUUUUCUUAGUUUGUUUUUUUCAACCAUGAACAAUAGCCAGCAGGGAUACGAUGAUGGAUAUGGGGGUGAAUAUGAUGAUCCAAGCUAUGAGGCAUAUGAUAACAGUUACGCCACCCAAACACAAAGUGUGCCUGAAUAUUAUGACUAUGGUCACGGAACAAGCGAAGAGGCUUAUGACAGCUACGCACAAGAAGAAUGGGCCACAACCCGUUCCAGCCUAAAGGCACCACCUCCAAGGUCAGCCAGAGGGGGUUACAGGGAACACCCCUAUGGUAGAUAUUGAAGGUCCUCCUCAUCUGUGACCUCAUCUCAAAGACAAUUAAUAGCCUGUGGUCUCCACAUAAACAGCAACAAGACAAGUAAUAGUCCAUUUCUUUUCUAUCCUAGGGAUUACUGCUCAUUAUUAUCCUAUGUACUACUUGUAUUUCCUAUAACAUUGGAGUGACAUUGGCAUUAGUAUUAUUUUAUAACACGGACUUAAAAAAACAGAGACAAAAAACCUUUGGCAAGCAUUGUCUAUAAACCAUUCAAAGAUGAUGUUCUGUUGGUUGUAUUCAUUGCUGUGUGUAACUUAAAAAGCAUGACACUGUUACAGAUCUUGAGUCUCUCUACAUACUAGC